AUGCUAAUUGUUUUGUUCCGAAGCAAAGAUAUCCGCGGAGGCCGGUUCGUUCGUCCUAUUCUGAUAUUCAGGACCAAGAGGUCCUGGAUUCUCUUUCGGAUAGGCCCUGAAAGGAGAAGAGAAGCUGAAAUGCCAACGGACCUCUGUCUAUUCUCUAAUUCACCCGAUCCGAUAGUACCCGUUUUUGGAACGUCCAGUGCCAAAGUCACUGAAUGGGUAAGUCACCAAUCCAAUCCCUUUGACAAAUCGGGUGUCAUAUUAGAUAUCAUAUUCUAUAUAUAUAGAAAUAUCAUAGAAUAG